ACUACCGGGGCUACGGACUACAGAUCGAUCAGAUCAUCGUCCACCAGAGGCCGACGGCCGUGAGCUCCGGCAGCAGCGGCAAGCGCCACUACAACAUGAACGGCACGAGCCCGCCGGGCGCCGCCGCGUGGAAUGUCAAGGCCCUGCUGGAGCAAUUCAGCAUCGACGUGUCGGAGAGCGCUCGCAACGUGUGCCUGGCGCACCUCUUCACGUACCAGGACUUCAGCCAGGGCACGCUGGGCCUCGCCUACGUGGGCUCGCCCAAGACCAGCGCCGUGGGGGGCAUCUGCACGCCCAGCUACUUUAACGAACAAGCCAAAAAAUACAUCUUCCUCAACACCGGGCUCACCAGCACCAUGAACUAUGGGAAGACCAUCCUCACCAAGGAGGCAGACUUGGUGACCACCCACGAGUUUGGGCACAACUUUGGGGCGGAGCACGACCCCGACAGCGCCGAGUGCUCUGCCCCGGACGAAGCCGGAGGGAAGUUCGUCAUGUAUCCCUACGCCGUGAGCGGCGACCACGAGAACAACAAGAUGUUCUCCAACUGCAGCAAGCGCGCCAUCUACAAGACGCUGGAGGCAAAGUCGGCGCGCUGCUUCUUGCCGCGCACGGUGAAGCUGUGCGGCAACUCGCGCGUCGAGGAGGGUGAGCAGUGCGACGCGGGACCCGCGUUCGCACACAACGACGCCUGCUGCACCGACACCUGCAAGCUGCGCCCGGGGAAGUUGUGCAGUGACCGUAACUCCCCGUGCUGUCGGAACUGCUCGUACGAGCAAGCGGGAAAGCUGUGCCAGGAGCCCAUCCCCUCCAUCUGCCGCAGCGCCUCCUACUGCACAGGCGUGAGCAGCGAGUGCCCCCCGGCGGGUCCCGCCGACGACAACUCGACGUGCGUGGACGCGGGCAAGUGCGACGGGGGCCACUGCAAGCCGUUCUGCGAGACCGUGGGCCUGCAGUCCUGCGCCUGCAAGGAGGUGGACCUGGCGUGCUCCGUGUGUUGCCGCGUCACUCGUGACGGGCCGUGCGUCCUCUACGAGCAGGACGGGGGCCGCAAGCGCCUACGCAAGGGCAAGACCUGCUCCGUGGGCUUCUGCGAUGGCAACGGCAAGUGUGAGAAGACCGUGCAGGAUCCCAUCGAGAGGUUCUGGGUCUUCAUCGACAAACUCGACAUCAACAGCUUCCGCAAGUUCCUGGCGGACAACAUCGUGGGCUCCGUGCUCGUGUUCUCCCUGCUCUGCUGGGUUCCACUCAGCAUCCUCGUGCACUGCGUGGACAAGAAACUCGACCGCCAAUUUGAGGAAAGCAAGGUCAUGCACUUCCUGCCGGCGAGCACUGCCGAGCUGAACAGCAGCGACUCGGCACCGUUCCGCGUCGUCCGGCGAAACUGCAUCCUCCAGACUCCGCAGAGCCGCACUCCAGGGCCCCCCUACUACGGCUACGGGGGGGGGGGCACUGCCCACCACCACCAUCUCCACGGCUACGCGGGCCCCCCACCACCGCAGCAGCAGCUGCAGCAGCCCUCCGCGGAGAUGCAGACCAUCCCCGAGGACCCCGGGGCGGAGGGCUCGCAGGGGUCGGAGGGGACCCGCGCCCGCUCCUACGAGGACCUCACGGACGGUGCGGAUCCCCGCGCGGGGUCACACGCGGGGUCACACGUGGGGUCACACGCGAGGUCACACGGGGGGUCACACGGGGGGUCACAUGGGGGGUCACACGGGGGGGUCAUGGUGGGAAGGUGUGAUAGCAGCGACCGGGAGACGAAAUGCUGAGUGGGGGUGAGGAGCGUCCUUCUGGUCGACUCACUGACUCACUACCAGCAGUACUCACUCACUAGCUGCAGUACUCACUCACUACCAGCAGUACUCACUCACUACCAGCAGUACUCACUCACUCACUAGCUGCAGUACUCACUGACUCACUAGCUGCAGUACUCACUCACUACCAGCAGUACUCACUCACUACCAACAGUACUCACUCACUAGCUGCAGUACUCACUCACUACCAGCAGUACUCACUCACUACCAGCAGUACUCACUCACUCACUAGCUGCAGUACUCACUGACUCACUAGCUGCAGUACUCACUCACUAGCUGCAGUACUCACUCACUAGCUGCAGUACUCACUCACUACCAGCAGUACUCACUCACUAGCUGCAGUACUCACUACCAGCAGUACUCACUCACUAGCUGCAGUACUCACUCACUACCAGCAGUACUCACUCACUACCAGCAGAUCUCACUCACUCACUACCAGCAGUACUCACUACCAGCAGUACUCACUCACUACCAGCAGUACUCACUCACUAGCUGCAGUACUCACUCACUAGCUGCAGUACUCACUCACUACCAGCAGUACUCACUCACUACCAGCAGUACUCACUCACUACCAGCAGUACUCACUCACUAGCUGCAGUACUCACUCACUACCAGCAGUACUCACUCACUACCAGCAGUACUCACUCACUAGCUGCAGUACUCACUCACUACCAGCAGUACUCACUCACUCACUGCAGUACUCACUCACUAGCUGCAGUACUCACUCACUAGCAGCAGUACUCACUCACUACCAGCAGUAUUCACUCACUACCAGCAGUACUCACUCACUAGCAGCAGUACUCACUCACUAGCUGCAGUACUCACUCACUACCAGCAGUACUCACUCACUAGCUGCAGUACUCACUCACUACCAGCAGAUCUCACUCACUCACUGCAGUACUCACUCACUACCAGCAGUACUCACUCACUACCAGCAGUACUCACUGACUACCAGCAGUACUCACUCACUACCAGCAGUACUCACUCACUCACUAGCUGCAGUACUCACUGACUCACUAGCUGCAGUACUCACUCACUACCAGCAGUACUCACUCACUAGCUGCAGUACUCACUCACUAGCUGCAGUACUCACUCACUACCAGCAGUACUCACUCACUAGCUGCAGUACUCACUACCAGCAGUACUCACUCACUAGCUGCAGUACUCACUCACUACCAGCAGUACUCACUCACUACCAGCAGAUCUCACUCACUCACUACCAGCAGUACUCACUCACUACCAGCAGUACUCACUCACUACCAGCAGUACUCACUCACUACCUGCAGUACUCACUCACUACCAGCAGUACUCACUCACUAGCAGCAGUACUCACUCACUACCAGCAGUACUCACUCACUACCAGCAGUACUCACUCACUAGCUGCAGUACUCACUCACUACCAGCAGUACUCACUCACUAGCAGCAGUACUCACUCACUACCAGCAGUACUCACUCACUACCAGCAGUACUCACUAGCUGCAGAUCUCACUCACUACCAGCAGUACUCACUCACUACCAGCAGUACUCACUCACUACCAGCAGUACUCACUCACUAGCUGCAGUACUGCAGAGUGAUGAGUUCCGGUGUGAGUGAGUCUGCAGAGAGAGUGUUUUGAGUGAUGAGUUCUGCAGAGAGAGAGAGUGUUUGAGUGAUGAGUUAUGGUGUGAGUGAGUCUGGAGAGAGAGUAUUUUGAGUCGUGAGUUCUGCAGAGAGAGUGUUUGAGUGAUGAGUUCCGGUGUGAGUGAGUCUGCAGAGAGAGUGUUUUGAGUGAUGAGUUCUGCAGAGAGAGAGAGAGUGUUUGAGUGAUGAGUUCUGGUGUGAGUGAGUCUGCAGAGAGAGUGUUUUGAGUGAUGAGUUCUGCAGAGAGAGUGUUUGAGUGAUGCGUUCUGGUGUGAGUGAGUCUGCAGAGAGAGUGUUUUGAGUGAUGAGUUCUGCAGAGAGAGAGAGUGUUUGAGUGAUGAGUUCUGGUGUGAGUGAGUCUGGAGAGAGAGUAUUUUGAGUCGUGAGUUCUGCAGAGAGAGUGUUUGAGUGAUGAGUUCCGGUGUGAGUGAGUCUGCAGAGAGAGUGUUUUGAGUGAUGAGUUCUGCAGAGAGAGAGAGAGUGUUUGAGUGAUGAGUUCUGGUGUGAGUGAGUCUGCAGAGAGAGUGUUUUGAGUGAUGAGUUCUGCAGAGAGAGUGUUUGAGUGAUGCGUUCUGGUGUGAGUGAGUCUGCAGAGAGAGUGUUUUGAGUGAUGAGUUCUGCAGAGAGAGAGAGUGUUUGAGUGAUGAGUUCUAGUGUGAGUGAGUCUGGAGAGAGAGUAUUUUGAGUCGUGAGUUCUGCAGAGAGAGUGUUUGAGUGAUGAGUGCUGGUGUGAGUCUAGAGAAAGAGUGUUUUAGUGAUGAGUUCUGCAGAGAGAGAGUGUUUGAGUGAUGCGUUCUGGUGUGAGUGAGUCUGCAGAGAGAGAGUGUUUUGAGUCGUGAGUUCUGCAGAGAGAGAGAGUGUUUGAGUGAUGAGUUCUGGUGUGAGUGAGUCUGGAGAGAGAGUGUUUUGAGUGAUGAGUUCUGCAGAGAGAGAGAGUGUUUGAGUGACGAGUUCUGGUGUGAGUGAGUCUGCAGAGAGAGUGUUUGAGUGAUGAGUUCUGGUGUGAGUGAGUCUGCAGAGAGAGUGUUUUGAGUCGUGAGUUCUGCAGAGAGAGUGUUUGAGUGAUGAGUUCUGGUGUGAGUGAGUCUGGAGAGAGAUUGUUUUGAGUGAUGAGUUCUGCAUAGAGAGAGAGUGUUUGAGUGACGAGUUCUGGUGUGAGUGAGUCUGCAGAGAGAGUGUUUGAGUGAUGAGUUCUGGUGUGAGUCUGCAGAGAGAGUGUUUUGAGUCGUGAGUUCUGCAGAGAGAGAGAGAGUGUUUGAGUGACGAGUUCUGGUGUGAGUGAGUCUGCAGAGAGACUGAGAGAGUGUUUGAGUGACGAGUUCUGGUGUGAGUGAGUCUUGCAGAGAGAGUGUUUGAGUGAUGAGUUCUGGUGUGAGUGAGUCUGCAGAGAGAGUGUUUUGAGUCGUGAGUUCUGCAGAGAGAGAGAGAGAGAGUGUUUGAGUGACGAGUUCUGGUGUGAGUGAGUCUGCAGAGAGACUGAGAGAGUGUUUGAGUGACGAGUUCUGGUGUGAGUGAGUCUUGCAGAGAGAGUGUUUGAGUGAUGAGUUCUGGUGUGAGUGAGUCUGCAGAGAGAGUGUUUUGAGUCGUGAGUUCUGCAGAGUGAGAGAGUGUUUGAGUGAUGAGAUCUGGUGUGAGAGAGUCUGCAGAGAGAGUGUUUGAGUGAUGAGUUCUGGUGUGAGUGAGUCUUGCAGAGAGAGUGUUUGAGUGACGAGUUCUGGUGUGAGUUCGUCUGCAGAGAGAGUGUUUGAGUGAUGAGUUCUGGUGUAAGUGAGCCUGCAGAGAGAGUGUUUGAGUGACGAGUUCUGGUGUGAGUGAGUCUGCAGAGAGAGUGAGAGAGUGUUUGAGUGAGGAGUUCUGGUGUGAGAGAGUCUGCAGAGAGAGUGAGAGAAUGUUUGAGUGAUGAGUUCUGGUGUGAGUGAGUCUGCAGAGAGAGUGAGAGAGUGUUUGAGUGAUGAGUUCUGGUGUGAGUGAGUCUGCAGAGAGAGUGUUUGAGUGAUGAGUUCUGGUGUGAGUGAGUCUGCAGAGAGAGUGUUUUGAGUCGUGAGUUCUGCAGAGUGAGAGAGUGUUUGAGUGAUGAGAUCUGGUGUGAGAGAGUCUGCAGAGAGAGUGUUUGAGUGAUGAGUUCUGGUGUGAGUGAGUCUUGCAGAGAGAGUGUUUGAGUGAUGAGUUCUGGUGUGAGUUCGUCUGCAGAGAGAGUGUUUGAGUGAUGAGUUAUGGUGUAAGUGAGCCUGCAGAGAGAGUGUUUGAGUGACGAGUUCUGGUGUGAGUGAGUCUGCAGAGAGAGUGAGAGAGUGUUUGAGUGAGGAGUUCUGGUGUGAGAGAGUCUGCAGAGAGAGUGAGAGAAUGUUUUGAGUGAUGAGUUCUGGUGUGAGUGAGUCUGCAGAGAGAGUGAGAGAGUGUUUGAGUGAUGAGUUCUGGUGUGAGUGAGUCUGCAGAGAGAGUGUUUGAGUGAUGAGUUCUGGUGUGAGUGAGUCUUGCAGAGAGAGUGUUUGAGUCGUGAGUUCUGCAGAGAGAGAGAGAGUGUUUGAGUGACGAGUUCUGGUGUGAGUGAGUCUAGAGAGAGAGUGUUUGAGUGACGAGUUCUGGUGUGAGUGAGUCUAGAGAGAGAGUGUUUGAGUGAUGAGUUCUGGUGUAAGUGAGUCUGCAGAGAGAGUGUUUGAGUGAUGAGUUCUGGUGUGAGUGCGUCUGCAGAGAGAGUGUUUGAGUGAUUAGUUCUGGUGUAAGUGAGUCUGCAGAGAGAGUGAGAGAGUGUUUGAGUGAUGAGUUCUGGUGUGAGUGAGUCUGCAGAGAGAGUGAGAGAGUGUUUGAGUGAUGAGUUCUGGUGUGAGUGAGUCUGCAGAGAGAGUGAGAGAGUGUUUGAGUGAUGAGUUCUGGUGUGAGUGAGUCUGCAGAGAGAGUGUUUGAGUGAUGAGUUCUGGUGUGAGUGAGUCUUGCAGAGAGAGUGUUUGAGUCGUGAGUUCUGCAGAGAGAGAGAGUGUUUGAGUGAUGAGUUCUGGUGUGAGUGAGUCUGCAGAGAGAGUGUUUGAGUGAUGAGUUCUGGUGUGAGUGCGUCUGCAGAGAGAGUGUUUGAGUGAUGAGUUCUGGUGUAAGUGAGUCUGCAGAGAGAGUGUUUGAGUGAUGAGUUCUGGUGUGAGUGCGUCUGCAGAGAGAGUGUUUGAGUGAUGAGUUCUGGUGUGAGUGCGUCUGCAGAGAGAGUGUUUGAGUGAUGAGUUCUGGUGUGAGUCUGCAGAGAGAGUGUUUGAGUGAGGAGUUCUGGAGAGAGAGUGUUUUUUUAAGUGAUGAGUUCUCGACAAUGCUGAAUGACGAUACGAUGUUACAUUAUCUUUGGACCAAAAAGGUGCAUUCUGCCGUUUGCCUCUUUAUAAAAGCUACUACUACUGUACCGUCCCCCCCUCCUCAUUCCUGAGAAUAAACUCAUCCACUCUCGA